AUGUCUGAAAGCACCGCCCCCAAGAAGCUGAAGAUCAUGGCCCACGCCUGCGAUGGCGUCGGUCACCUGAACGCCGUCUGCGGCAUGCUGGAGAGUUUGCAGAAGCGCGGCCACCAGAUCAUCGUCCUCUCCAGCGAGGGCUUCAAGGGAAAGUUCGUCAAGUACGGCUUCGAGGAGAUCCUCCUCACGGAGACGCCCAAGGAGUGGGGCGGAAAGGCCGGGGAGGCACCAGCCGCAGCCGCCGGCGGUGGUGGCCCUCCAGUGAACCCCAUCAAGAGGAUGGCCAUGCACCUGAAGAGCUCCGGCAUGCUCUCGCCGAAGACGCCGCUGGAGAAGCUAAAGGGCGAGGACAACUCCGGCGCCUUCCUCAAGAGCAUCUUCGACCAGGUGGUGCAGUUCAAUCCGCAGAUUGCCGAGCACAUCAAGACGCUGAAGCCGGACCUCUUCAUCAUCGACCACUUUAUGGUGCCUCCAGCACUGCCCCAGUCCGGCGUGCCCUGGGUGUUCCUCUUCUCGGGCAAUCCCCUCAGUCUGUACAAGUCGGACAAGCUGCCGCCCUUUGGCGGCGGCUACGCCACCACCGCCGACCCCGCCACCUGGGCGGAGUUCAAGAAGCUGCAAGAGGAGAAGUUCCUGACCAAGUUCGCCAAGGCGCAGACAGACAUCAACGCCGUCUUCAACUACAGCCCACCGGAAGGUGAGGAGGUGGGCAUGAUGGCGAAGCCGAAGUUCAUGUCCAUCUGGGGCUACCCCGCCGAGCUGGACUACUUUGACCUGGUGCCCAUUCCGGAGAAGUUCGUCCGCGUGGACGCCUACUGUCGGGAGAUCGCCGAGCCGUUUGAGCUGCCGGCGGAGUUCGCCAAGCGACCAGGGCGCCUGAUCUACGUCUCGCUCGGCUCGAUGGGCUCCGUGGACGUCGACCUGAUCCAGCGAAUCACCAAUGUCCUGGGCAAGACGGAGCACAAGUACAUCGUCUCGAAGGGGCCGCUGGGCGAGGAGUACGAGUUGCCGGCCAACUGCUGGGGCGAGAACUUUCUCCCGCAGACGAGGAUUAUUCCCAUGUGUGAUCUGGUGAUUACGCACGGUGGAAACAACACCAUCACCGAAACCUUCAGCAUGGGCAAGCCGAUGAUUGUGAUGCCGCUCUUUGCUGACCAGUUUGACAACGCCCAGCGAGUCACCGAGAAGGGCUACGGCAUCCGCAUGGAGCCGUACACCUUCGAGGAGAAGGAGUUGAUUGACAAUCUGAACAAGCUGCUCAAUGACAAGGAGAUGAUUGCGAGGUGCCAGGCGGCGGCGAAGCGAAUUGCCAACUCCAACAGCAAGGAAAUUGUCUGCCAGAAGCUGGAGGAGCUGGUGGAGAAGUUCAAGAGCGGUCAACUGUAA